CACAGUUAUUUAAUAACUUUUGUGGAAAUUUUGAUCCGUUUACCCUUUUAGACUUGAUAGUCCUUGAAGCUGUAAACUGUAAAUGUAUUUCGGCAAAAAUCGAAUACCCAUUAACGAUUGUUUCUCAGUGUAAUCAAUUACUAAGUACGAUUGUCGAACGAUCGAAAAUCAUAUGCCCAACACUUUGUCAUCAUCGUGUUUAAAAAUGGACGAACCUUCGACCAGUUCCGAUCCUUGCAAGAAAUUAUCGUAUUCAAUACAUUCCUAUUCGAGUUAUCUGCCGACUUAUAUACCAGAAAAUAUUUUACAAAAUAAUCAGGAAGAUCAAAGUUCCAGAUGGUCUUCGAUAUCCAAUAGUCCACCACAAUAUUUAAUCUUAAAGCUACAAAAUGCUUCAAUUGUUAAGACUAUAAAAUUUGGUAAGUAUGAACGACCACAUGUAUGCAAUUUAAAAAGGUUCAAAAUUUAUGGUGGAUUAGAAGAUGACACAAAAAUUGAAUUACUCUAUAGUGGUCUCAGUAAUAAUAGUGACUUAGAAACAUUUAAUCUACGUCAUACUAUUGAGAAUAAUUCCAUGAUACCUGUUAGGUACAUCAAGUUAGAACCUCUUGAAUCUUGGGGUUCAAACUUCAAUUAUAGCCUUUGGUAUGUUGAACUACAUGGCAUUGAUGACCCUCACCUUAUAUCCUGUGAAAUAACUAAAUUCUAUCGACAUCGUGAAGAAACAUUAAUUCGAUUAUGUCUUAAACAUUUUCGUCGAAAUCAUUAUGAUGUAGCUGCUAAUGCUCUAUUACAAAACUCUAAUAUAGUUUUAGAACAUCCAUUUUUAUCACAAAUAUAUGAUACAAUAGUUGUGAAUGGAAAUUAUGAAAUGGCUGAGAUGUUAAUGGAUCAAGCAAUUAACGAUGGCUAUUUAGAAGGUUAUAUGAAGAGUCAAAGUUUUAAGCCAAUUUGGAAUUUGGUCAAAGAAUAUCAUAAUGCUGGAAAUAAAAGACCAUGUAUGCGUGGAGGUCAUCAAAUGUGUAUAGAUUCAGCAGCUGGAAAUGUGUACUUGCUUGGCGGAUGGGAUGGGCAUAAGGAUUUAUCUGAUUUAUGGAGUUUUAAUAUUGCAACUGGUAUAUGGCAUUGUAUUGCAACCAAUGUAGAAAAAGAUGGUGGACCAAGUCCUCGAUCAUGUCACAAGGUAUGUAUAGACACGGAAAGAAAACAAAUUUUCGUUUUAGGAAGAUUUUGUGAAGUUCAAUCAUUUAUUGGUGAAUACCCUCAGAGUGAUUUUUAUGUUUAUGACAUUGAACAAAAUCACUGGACUCUUAUAUGUGCUGAUACAAAUUUAAUGGGUGGACCCAAAUUAUUGUUUGAUCACCAAAUGGUAAUGGAUUCAAUUUCAUCCACUAUUUAUGUGUUUGGGGGUAGAGUUGUAGUAUCUUCCUCCAGAUGUGGAUCUGAUGAAACUCAAAAGAACAAUCCAGACUUUUCUGGUUUUUAUAAAUAUCAUGUACCAACUAAUACAUGGACAUGUAUUUUACCUGACACCUUCCAUGAAAUCAAAGUCCAAGAUGGUCUAUUAACACAUAACCCACAAACUGUAGCUUCACGUGGUGGACAUUCUAUAUUAUUACAUACAAAAAUGAGACGUAUAUAUAUAUUUGGUGGUCAUCGUCAGAGAUGGGCCCAAAAAUGUCCAGAAUUUUUAUGGUAUGACAUUGAAACUGGUUUAACUCAAGCAAUGCCAAUGCCAUCAACUGUUGAUAAGCCACCAAUGGGAUACACACAGCGAGCCACUAUUGAUAUUGAUCAUGAUGAAAUAUAUGUAUUAUCUAGUCUUAGUAAAGAAAAAGAUCGUAGAGAGGAUAAAGUUCAAAAUGCAUUUUGGGUGUAUUUUAUCAAACAAAAUAAAUGGAUUUGUAUCUAUAAAAAUUACAAUUCUGAUGAACAAUAUUGGAAUAAAAUGCAACAUUUGGAGCCAUGUCCCCGAUUUGCCUAUCAAUUAGUAUAUGAUCAAAAAAAUAAGAUUCACUAUUUAUUUGGUGGUAAUCCUGGAAAAACUGAUGCUCAAAAUUUAAGAUUGGAUGAUUUUUGGGAACUUAAAGUUUAUAGAUGUACUAAUGUAAAACUUAGGAAUCAGUGCAAGCUGUUAAUUCGAAAAUUUAAGUUUCAAGAAAUAAAAAAAAAAGAUAAAAUAGCUGCUAUGCAGUUCUUACAAACAUCUGUAUCAGAACUUAUUGAUCAUUCUGAUGAGGAGCAAACUCGAGAGUUUCAGGGAACUGCAGCUUUGCUGUUUAAAGAUGACAACCAAACUGGUGAUGUAGCAGAACAAAUACAUGAGUGGCGUUGUACUUUAUUUGAUAAAUUAUGUGAUUUUUUUCCUAAUUCAAUGGUUCAACCCAAAGAAAAUUUAGUUGACUUGAUACCCCUGUAACUAAGUGUUCAAAAUGUUUUCUUAAACUUGUUUUAGUUUAUUAUUUAGUUCCUUUACUCUCACAUUAUUU